UAAGUUCAACACUAUCAUAUGUUGUCCACUGUGUUAACAAGACAUGGAACACACAGACUCCCUAGUGUAUACGCCCACCUGGGUAGUGGCCACUGUCUGCUUCAUUAUUGUUCUCAUAUCUUUAUGCGUGGAGCGCACUCUGCAUCGACUUGGAAAGCUCUUGAUACGUAAAAGACAAGAUAAACUAUUUGCAGCAUUACAAAAAUUAAAGGAAGAACUGAUGCUUUUAGGGUUCAUUUCUCUUCUACUAACAGUCUUCCAAGGCUUGAUAAGUCGCAUAUGCAUACCAACUCAUCUUUCAAAUUUCAUGCUUCCAUGUAAGAAGAGUUACAUUCUUCACCCCAAUGGUACCGAGCAUUACUCUAAUCCAGCUGCAAACAAUUCACAACGACUUUUGUUUGAAGAUACUAAUUCAGGGCAUUGCCUACAUGAGGGAAAAGCUCCAUUGUUACCAUUGGAAGCAUUACACCAACUACACAUUUUCAUCUUUGUAUUGGCAGUUGUUCAUGUAAUCUUCUGUGUCACUAUAAUGACUCUUGGAGCAGCCAGGAUACGCCAAUGGAAGUCCUGGGAGGAUUCUAUUAGGAAUGAAAUUGAAUCAAAGAAGGGUCGAACAGGUGGCAACGACGCUGAUGUUCAUGAUAUUGAUCACCAAGAUUUCUUGAAUAAACAUGGAGCUGGAUAUUGGAGAAAGGCAGCAGUUGUUAGUUGGAUGAUGUCAUUAUUCAAACAAUUUUAUGCCUCUGUCACCAAGUCAGACUACAAAGCAAUGCGACAAGGAUUCAUCAAGAAACACUACCCUGAUAACCCUGAAUAUAAUUUUCACCAUCAUGUGGUGCAGACACUUGCAGUUGAUUUCAAAAAAGUUAUCGGUGUAAGCUGGUACCUGUGGCUGUUUGUUGUGGUUUUUUUGCUGCUGAAUGUGGCAGGAUGGAACACGUAUUUUUGGUUGUCCUUUUUGCCAUUGAUUCUGCUACUUCUUGUGGGUGCUAAGUUACAGCACAUCAUCACCCGUUUGGCUCAGGAGGUAGUAGUAGAGAGGAACAUACAUGAUCAUGAAGCACAACUACAGGUGACAGAGACGAAGAGAGACAAUCAUGAAGUGCAUGAAGCAGCACCACCAGUGAAGCCUUCAGAUGAUUACUUUUGGUUUUGUAGCCCUGCUCUUGUUCUCAUCUUAAUUCACUUCAUUUUGUUUCAGAAUUCAUUUGAGAUUGGGUUCUUCUUCUGGAUCUUGUUCACAUAUGGAUUCCAUUCAUGCAUCAUGGACAAAUUGGGCUUCAUCAUCCCAAGACUUAUUGUGGGGUUGAUUGUUCAAGUGCUAUGCAGCUAUAGUACUUUGCCUUUGUAUGCUAUUGUGACCCAGAUGGGUAGCACGAUCAAAUUUAAAGGACCAUUUAAGAGCAGUGAAGAAAGUACAAGAGGCCCGAUUGAAGCAAGUCAAAUUCAAAUGCAAAGUAUGGCUAAAGAAUCACCCCAAAAUGCUCAAAAUUCAGAAUUUUAGACUAGUGUGAUUGAAGAACCUAGACAUCAAUAACCGAGAUUCCUUCUGUAGCUAGCCUAACCUCCUUUUCCAUUAUCUUAAGUUUCUUCUUAGAUAUACCAUCUACAAUUUGACUUUGGACAUAUAGCACAUAUAUAGUCACUCUCAUGUUGUUCUAGGGAAAGGAUAAAAUAAUACAAUGAUUGUGAAAUGGGCUUACAAGCCAUGAAAUAGCUUGCCUAUAUAUACUUAGAAAAAAUGUACAUCACGUCUCUUUUUCUUAAGGAUGUAUUUACAACAAAUAUUCAAAUUCAAAUUACACAAUUAAG